AUGGCCAACUUCGAAGUCACCAAGCACAGCAUCGGCGAGUUCAAAUUCAACACCGACGAGAAGACGUUCGACAUUUUCGAGGAGAUCGCGUUCAAUGUCAACGGACCAAUAGACGUUCUGCCAAUCAAAUUCGGCAACAAUUUGCAGCUCGUCAGCAUUUCGCUUCUACUCUGCUCCGAUGGAAUCUACAUGGUUGACGGCGAGCCGCUCACCGACGACCGAUACAGCUACGAUGCGGAAUCCGAAAUUCUGAGCGUCAAGCUGAGCAACAUGAAUCGCGAGAAUAAUCCCGACGGCGCCGGUGUCCAAUUGCGAUUCACUGGACGCAUCGCCGACGCCAAAGGUCCGAUUCAUCUCGACGGCGACGGUGUGCUUGUUGUCGACUUGCGCGAGGAUACUCAUCGCGUCGUCGCCUGUUUGGGUCCCGUCGAGACCCAUUUCGGCAUCAAUGUGAUGGCGGAGCACGGCCGGCGAGUCGAAGCCGACGGCGAGGUUGCGACGAAUGGCUUCGAUAAUGAUGAUGGCCUUCGCGCCAAUUGGCUUCCACUCAAAUCCGACUUCAAUGUGAGCACGAUCAACUUCAAAGUCUACCCAAUCGACUCCUAA